AGGGAAAGGAGUACGCGGAAGUCAUUUAGAAAAACAAUUCGGUGAUGAGGAUGGAAGAGAGUUCAUGCCGCCUCACAAAAGUAAAGUAAGUAGAGAUAGUGGGGAAUGGAAAGGAGGAAGCCGUGGCAGCUGGGAGAAGAGCGACGGUAGGGGAUUUCGAGAUAGGCGUUGGAGAAGUAGAGAAGAAAAGGGAGAACGAUGGAGAUCACAUAGGGAAGGAUGGGAAACGGUCAAGGAGAUAGAAGCCCUAAGGGUUGAACGAGAGAGGAUAAAGAAAACGAAGAAUGUCUCACAUCGGAGGAGCGAGAAACCAUUGAAGAUUCCCUUACAACAAGAGCCUCGGGGCAGACGAGAAAAGAACUCUGAGAAAACCAUCGAGCUGAACGAGUGGAGAAAGAUCGAGUGUGCAAAUGACAAGAAAGAUAUAUCAUGCGGACCUUCUACAAAGAUGAAUACUGACAUUAAUGCAGGAACAACGCAGGAGGUGAUUCCUGGAGAAAUUUGGGUGCCGAGUAUCAGGUUUGAGGAGAACCGGUUUACAGAAGAGAAUGAGGAGGAAGAUACACUCUGYCGAACUUCUACGAAAAUGAAUAUUGGCAUUAAAGCGAGGACAGUGGAAGAGCAAGAGAGGGGAGAGUUCUGGGUAUCAAGUCUCCGGUUUGAGGAGGAGCCAGACCCGAAUGAUAGUUUGACAGUUGGGGUUUCCAAUAUUCGGUUGGAGAGUUCCGAGGAGGAUUCGGAUGCAACUCUAGUGUGUGCUAAGAAAAGCGAGAGGAUAGAGGAUCCGGAUAUAAGCUAUAGGCUUGCCCAACUGCUUGAGAUCAUCGAACGGGACAUGAGCUAUGAGCUUCAAGUUGUCCAACAGUGUGAGACCAUCCGGACAGAUAUCAAUURUGAUCUUGCUCAACUGUUUGAGACCGUCGAGCGAGACGUUAGCUAUGAGCUUGCUCAACUGUUUGAGACCGUCGAACCGGACGUCGGCUACGAUCUUUCCCAACUGUUUGAGAUUGUCGAUAUAUCUGAAAACGUUGCGGAGAAUUGUCUUACGGUAACUGCGAGCCCAAAUCCGAUAGCUUUAAAUGAUAUUGAGGACUUUGGAACGAGUCAUUACACAUUGAUAAGUGGGUACAAUGUGAUGGGUGUUGAAGGAGAAAUAGUUGAAAGUCGUUUGAUAAGACAAGAGGCUGAGAAUCGACUCGUAUCCGRCCAAGACAGUAAUGAGAGGGCCGUAGUAGAAGUGAAGUCUGUCGAGRAUGCAAACGAUCCCAAAAGCACGUUGAUGAGACUUGAGAGAUUGUCAGAACUUGGGAAGGGAUCUGUUAUUGACCUGAGGAGAUCAGAGGGCAAAGAUUCGGUCGGGACUGAAAAUUGGGUCGCGGGAUUGCAAUUUGCGAUCGAGGCACGAGACAGGAGAAUAGGCGUGUCUCUCUCUUUUCUCUUGCUGCUCAUUCUUGCGUCCGCGUAUGCUCGUACUUACCACUGCUGGUGCUACUGGUACGGCUUUAACCUUGGCCUGUUGCUUUUCGUGACUAUGUAUCUCGUUACGUUUUACCUCAAUGAUGGAACGAGGAGUGAACGAUGCUCUUUAGUAGAGAUAGGGGUUGAUCCGAAGCCGUCAUGGGACGAAGUUUCUGUAGAACUUUCCCUUACUCCCUUGAUAGCCUCGUUGAUUGAACGAACGAGAAGGGGAAGAAGGACAAGAGCGCUCGAGAACGGGUGAGGUAGACCUCAACAGUCCAAAUGCAUUAUAUCGGAAGGAGGAGACAUUUUAGUAUUUAUUAAACUGGUUAAAUCAACUAAGCGUGAGAGCGGAAUUAGAUUCUACUUUCACAAGUGGCGAGAAAAAAUCAAAGUCUGCUGGAGCCUGGGAAUGCUCGAGUGGUUGAGAGAGCGAGCCAGGGAUAAAAAGCGGAAAGCUAAAAGAGGCGAUGGUGGAAAGUAAGGUAGGAAGAGCGAAAAGAAGAAAGAAAAUUAUGAGAGGGAUAUGUCUCUUGGGGUUGAUCGGGUACAGAUUAGGUGUUAGCCGAUUAAAUUUUUCCUUCUCGAUAAUCAGACGAUACUCCAAGAUCGCUCGUCG